AUGCACAACAAUUUAGAAAAUCAGCCGGGGGUGCCCAGACCACCAACAAAUUCACAGAUGAAUCCAUUUGGGAAUCCGUUCUAUGGAGCUGGUUCAUAUAGAGAGAGAAUUUUAGGGUCAAGCUCUGACUAUGUGCAAAGCACUGGCCAUUGGACAAGGAUAACUGAGCUUGUAGGGGGCAGGCUCUCCUACAAGCCCCCCAUCUAUGAUAUUAAUGAUCCAGAUCUGUACAUUCCAUUGAUGGUGUUCAGCACCUACAUAGUUCUUGCUGGCUUCUCAUUGGGUCUGCAUGGAAAGUAAGAAUGUGCAUAGUUUUAUACCCUUCUAUUAGGAGCUUUUUUUCUUUUAAUACUUGUUCCUUUCCCCUUCCCUCCUCCACUCUUCCCACUUCUCCAAG